AUGGGUGACUACGAGAUCGCGCUGGGUGCUAGCACCUUCAUCAAGCAGGCGAUCGACCUGCGUCCCGACGUUGGCAUCGUCUGUGGCUCCGGUCUGGGGGACAUUGUGGACUUGGUGGAGGACAAGCAGGUGCUUAAGUAUACAGACAUCCCCGGCUUCCCUGUCUGCACAGUGAGUGGACACGGCGGCUGCUUCGUUUUCGGCCGCAUGGGCGGCAAAAAUGUGUGUGUCAUGAAAGGUCGAUUCCACCCCUACGAAGGUUAUUCCUACAGAGAGGCAAGUGCUCGUUUUGCUGUUGCUCGUCCAAUCCGUGUGAUGAAGCUGUUGGGUGUGAAGACGCUCAUCGUAACCAACGUGGCCGGAGGUGUGGACCUCAGUUUCAAGAUCGGCGACAUAAUGAUAAUUGAGGAUCACGUGGACUUCGCGUCGAUGGUCGGUAGGAAUCCACUAAUGGGACCCAAUGACGAAAGGUGCACGUCAAGUCAAAGGGCCAACACACGCGACUGUAGGUUCGGAAUUCGAUUCCCCUCGAUGACUGGAGCCUACGACAAGGAACUGCGAGCUGUGGCGCACCAGUGUGCCGACGAGAUGGGACUGGGGGAUGUUGUGAGGGACGGCGUGUACUUCUACCUGGCUGGACCUGUCUACGAGACACCGGCAACAAGCCGAAUUCUGCGUGGACUCGGAUGCGGCACCGUCAGCAUGAGCACAACCGCCGAGGUGAUCACAGCCAGACACCUGGGCUUGAGGGUGUUGGGGCUUUCCCUGGUCGUCGAUUUGGCGCCAGUGGGGCAGGCGGACGACGCCGUAGGGCCAACCCACGAGGAGGUCCUCAGUGUGGCCAACUCAAGAUCACUUGUGGUCGCGAAACUAAUCGAGGCGGUGCUCAGACGGAUCACGGUGUGA